GUAUCGAUGCGGGAGAGAGAGAGAGGGGGCAGUGACGUUGAGUCACGUGAUAACUUUCAGCCAAUUAGCUUGGUGAAUCAUUUUUACUUCUAAGCGCAUUCCCGUCAUGCUAUUGUGAAGGUGGCAGCACUGCGCUAUUGUUUGACGUCAAAUUUCCCGGCCUGUCUCAAUCUCGUAAGCUGCGUAGGUUGUGCAUAUUACGUUUUUGUAUUAUGAAUUACACAUCUGGCAACAACGCGUAGGAUUUUUUUUAUGGAGGAAAUCAAUAUGGCAGCGGUAGAGAGCACGUUUUCCCGGGAAGUAGAAGUUGAAAGUGUUAAUGUGGUGCUUAAAAUUAAUCAGUGUGAAGUUGGAGAUGUCGGUUGCGUUGUUUGGGAUGCAGGAUUAGUACUAGCAAAAUAUUUAGACUAUUUAAACAUGACAAGUAACAAUGAAUAUCCAUUACUUCUGGGGAAGAAUGUAAUAGAUAUAGGAUCCGGAACUGGUUUAGUUGGACUUGUUGCCGCAUGUAUCGGUGGAAAUGUUAUUUUGACUGACCUUCCGGAAUUACUGCCUCUUCUGGAGAUUAACAUUGAGGAAAACAAACAUCAUUUUUUGGGAUCUGUCAAAGCUGAUGUACUUAAAUGGGGAGAAACUAAUUCAAAUUUUUCACAGCCAGAUCUGCUUUUAGUUGGAGAUUGUAUAUAUUAUGAAAAAGUGAGAAGAUUCAAUCAUUUGUGAUUAAUUAUAUAGGCAAAUUCUACUUUAAUUGCCUUAAUUAUAAAUCUGAUAAAUAUGACAAAUGAGAAGCUAAGUGAUUGAAGCUUGUAGGCAAUAAUUCUUUAUGAAAUUACAAGGUGAUGGAUUUAAAGUUCAGAAAUAGCUAAAUUUGAUAAAUUAUGUAGCAUAUAAUUCUAAUAAUUUAAAGUUUGAUAUCUUUUACAUUUUCCUGUUGUUUCCUAAAAAUUAUUAUUUAUCAAAUAUGAACUCAAAACCAAAAUAAUAAGUA